AUGGCAUCUUCGUCUUCUCCUAUGGACCAACAACUCAGAGAGGAAGAUCGUGAAGAGGAGCACCCUCAGCCUAUGCCACAACCUCAGCCUCAGCCAGUAAAAGAAUGCGUCCACAAAACCAAAACGAUUCAGUUUCUCGGACGCACCACUCCGAUCGUUCUCCAAAACGACAAUGGACCAUGCCCGCUCCUCGCUAUCUGUAACGUUCUUCUGCUUAGAAACAACUUAAGUUUGAGUCCAGAUAUUGCUGAAGUCUCACAGGAGAAAUUGCUUUCAUUGGUUGCUGAACGGUUAAUUGAUUCAAAUAGUAAUGUGAAUGUAAGAGCUGCAUUUGUUGUCACCGGCUAUGUUGAAAAUCAACAACAGAACAUUGCUGAUGCAAUUGACUUGCUCCCUAGGCUUGCUACUGGCAUUGAUGUAAAUAUAAAAUUUAGGAGAAUUGCUGAUUUUGAAUUCACUCGAGAGUGUGCCAUAUUUGAUCUGUUGGACAUCCCUUUGUAUCAUGGCUGGAUUGUUGAUCCUCAGGAUUAUGACACUGCAAAUGCAAUUGGAUCGAAGUCCUAUAAUGCUCUUAUGGGAGAGCUUGUCUCUCUUGAAACACUAAACAUGGAUAUCCAUCAUAAAAAUAAUGAAGAAGAAGAUUGUGUUGAUUUUGUGGCUGCAACAACUGCUACACUUGGAGUUCCUUCUCCCAGCCUUUCAAAAGCCAAGUCUUUUGAUGAUUCUUCUCAAUCUGUUUCUGAUCUGAUACCAAGAAAAGGUGAUCUUGAAGAAGAGGCAGAGUUGUUGAGAAUCUUGAAACUGUCCGAGGCUGAUUCUAAAGCUUCAGUAAGUGAUCCUGUUGUAGUUAACGUUAAUGGAGGAGUGAUUUCUGUCACUAUGGAUCCAAAAACGAGUAAUGAACAGGUUAUGAAUAUUUAUUCUGGAGAUAAAUUAGGAAAUAGCACUGGUGCUGGUAACAGUCACUUUCAUGACCCAGAGCCUUCUGCAUCUGAUGACUCCACAGCUUUUGGCUACGACCACAACAAAAAUAUAUCUUCUACUUCACUGGGAGAGGCAGGUAAUUCAUCCUGUAAGACUGAUGCCAUGUGUGACCUUCAUCAAUCAACUUAUGUGGGACCCAAAGAAUCUUUUGACCAGAAUGAUGCGAUUGAGAAGAACAGCCUUGAUGCAUUGGUUCAGAGCGAGAGUGAAGUUACCCUUUCUCCCGGAAAAUACUCUGUCUCAGACGUUUCUGGAGGAUAUGAAAAAAUCCAUGAUCAGGCCACUCCUACAACUAUAGAUCAUGAAGUUGUAGGUGAAUCUCAUGGACCUGAUGCAACAGAAUUAUCAUGCGUGUCCCCAGGCCAUGCGGACACAGAUUCAUGUAGUGUCAAAUAUCAGCAAUCUGAUGUUCCUGGAGCAUUAACUUCAAGUGUUAAUGGGAGUGAGCCCAUAUAUGAAGGAGAGGAAUGUGUGAUGGACACAAGAACCGGAAAUUAUGAAGAUCGUGAACCUGUUUAUGAAGGUGAGGUGGUACUUGCAGAACAGGCUGACAAGAACACCUUAGCUUCUUCUGAUAUAAGAGCUAAAUGUGAACUAACUCCAGAACAAGGUGAAUUGAUCAAGAGUUUCUUGAGGAAUAACGCCAGCCAGUUGACAUUUUAUGGUCUUUUCUGUUUACAAGAUGGGCUUAAAGAGCGUGAGCUGUGUGUUUUCUUCCGUAACAAUCAUUUCAGCACCAUGUUCAAGUACGAGGGUGAGCUCUAUCUUCUAGCCACGGAUCAAGGUUACAUUAAUCAGCCUGAUCUAGUCUGGGAAAAACUGAAUGAGGUCAAUGGUGAUACAUUGUUUAUGACAAGUAAUUUCAAGGAAUUCAAGGUAGAAAACCAUGAAAAUAGCACAUGGGAUGAAAGCAAUGUUCUGACCAGCACUGCUGACUAUCUUGCCAGCAUAGAUAGUGCAACACAGGCAGGCCUAGAUAUCAAUUCUGAUCUGCAAUUAGCAAUAGCCUUGCAACAGCAGGAAUUUGAGCAGCAGCCAUCACGCCAGAAUAAUUCACAACAAUCAUCCAUUAGUGGUAACUCUAGACUGGUCACAGGUCCCCAGGUUGCAAGAAACACUGGAAGACAGUCUUCAUCUGCAUCUACAUCUCCCAGGCCUGAUGGAAAAUCCAAAGAAAAAUGUAUACUCCAGGCGCUGAUAUUAAGUGGGGUUGUGUGUCACAAUGUCGCAUCCGAAAGAAUGGUGGAUACAGAAUUUAGGAAGCAUGUUUCAGUGGUGUCUUUCUUUCUUCCUCCUGCCAUUGAUGUUACUUCCAGCUACGUCCUGCAGAAAGUUGUGUCUCAGAUCCCUAUAUACACCGAAAACGAUACAACUGUGUUCACUCUGCUUCUCUCUCUCUCUGAGAAUCAUCAUUUACAAUUUUACAUGCAACCUAUUAUCGCGUAG